AGCUGACAGAAAAGGGACAAGAGUGGGCUUGUUUUUUUUCAAAUUCCGCAUAUUUUUGGGUGACUUUUUGUGUUUCGCUACGGUGGAGUAACCAAACAGGACAGGCGGCUCUUUCACUCCAUGAUUCAGCCCUGAGUCAAGCAGCUUUGAAACAUCUAUGCACUUUACUUUUUUUACGUGGCAACCUGCUUGAAGACGCGAUGGAGCACCAGAGAGCAUGUUAGGGUUGAAUCGUCCUUUAACGCGCUCUAUGAUUAUAAUGAGUUUUUACUGUGGCUAUCAUUAAGAAGAAGAAGAAGAAGAAAAAAAAGAAACAUCUGUCUGUUGGAGGAAUUCCUGCCAGUCAGCUAUUUUUGUUCCUGUCUUGCUUUCACUAUUUUGUGAAAGGAGUCGCAAAAAGGAAGGAAGGGGAGAGUGAGAGAGAGAAGACGACAAAAAAGAGAGGAGGGGAGAGACAUAUACAGAGCGACCGCCUUUUAAAAGUUUCAGUUGUUUUCAGAGGCAGCUGAGAAGAAGGAGGUGAAAAGACAACAUGGUUCGGUGGUUCCACAGAGACAUCACGGGCCUGCAGGCCGAGGACAUGCUGAAGACUCGUGGUAUUCAUGGCAGCUUUUUAGCUCGACCAAGCAAGAAGAACGUAGGAGAUUUCUCUCUCUCUGUCAGGGUGGGCGAGAUGGUGACCCACAUCCGCAUCCAAAACACGGGAGACUACUAUGACCUGUAUGGCGGGGAGAAGUUCGCCACCCUGUCAGAGCUGGUGGACUACUACACAGCGGAGAACGGCAUUCUACAAGACAAGGACGGCACCAUCAUUGAGCUAAAAUACCCCCUCAACUGCUCCGACCCCACCACAGAGAGGUGGUACCACGGUCACCUGUCCGGCCCAAAUGCAGAGAAGCUGCUCAGUGCUCGAGACGAGCCGGGGACCUUCCUGGUCAGAGUGUCGCUGUCCAAACCUGGAGACUUUGUUCUGUCCGUUCUGACAGAAGAGAAGAGCAAAACUGGAGGGAGGAGGGUCUCCCACAUCAAGAUCAUGUGCCAGAAUGAGCGGUAUACAGUGGGAGGCUCAGAAAUGUUCGACACGCUGGCAGAGUUGGUGGACUACUACAAACGUAAAGGCAUCGAGGAGAUCUCUGGGAACUGGGUGCAUCUCAAACAGCCGUAUUACUCCACCAGAGUGAAUGCAGCAGAUAUCGACAGCAGAGUGAAACUUCUGGAUCAGACCACAAAGCAGCAGCAGGAGGGCGAGGGAGAGAAGAGCAAGGCGGGCUUCUGGGAGGAGUUUGACACUCUUCAAAAGAUGGAAGCAAAGGUGAAAAAGAGCAGAGAGGAGGGUCAGAGACCAGAAAACAAGAGCAAAAACAGAUACAAGAACAUUCUUCCCUUCAACGACACCAGAGUCACCCUGCAGGACACUGAUCCUAAUGUUGUGGGUUCAGAUUACAUCAACGCCAACUAUGUGAGAAACACCUUGCAGGAGGCGACAGAUCAAAAGGUUUAUAUUGCCACCCAGGGCUGCUUAGCAACUACAGUCAAUGAUUUCUGGAAGAUGGUUUGGCAGGAGAACACGAGGGUGAUCGUCAUGACAACAAGAGAGGUUGAGAAAGGGCGGAAUAAAUGUGUGCCGUACUGGCCAGACACUCAGACCUCCAAGGAAGUGGGACCGUAUGUGGUGACGUGUGAGUCAGAGAGAGAAGCAACGGAUUACAAAGUCAGAGUCCUGGAGAUUGCUCCUGUGGACAGGCCCAAACAUUCUCGUACCAUCUGGCACUACCAGUACCUGAGCUGGCCUGACCAUGGUGUCCCCCAGGAGCCAGGCGGCGUCCUCAGCUUCCUCGCUCAAGUCAACACUAAACAGGCUGAAUAUCCCAACGUUGGGCCCAUGAUCAUCCACUGCAGUGCUGGAAUCGGUCGGACGGGAACCAUUGUGGUGAUUGAUAUGAUCAUCGAGACCAUUGACACUAUAGGUCUGGAUUGUGACAUUGACAUCCCGAAAUACAUCCAGAUGGUGCGAGAGCAGCGUUCUGGCAUGGUGCAGACCGAGGCCCAGUACAAGUUCAUCUACCUGGCUGUAUCCGAGUACAUACAGACCACCAAGGCCAAGGACUGCGCCUACAUGGAAACUGAGACGGAGUAUGGAAAUCUGAAGCUCAAGCAGCCAGCAAGCAGGAAGGUCUCAAAAAACAAGGAGGAUGUGUAUGAGAACCUGUCGAAAGGAAAGAAGCAAAAGUCAGACAAGAAAAGCGGUUCAGUGAAGAAAAGAUAGAAGAGACUGAGAGGUUUUUAUCACAGUAUGUCACGUUAUAUUUAUGUAAGAGUCUUUCACUGGAGACCUUAGACUGAAUAAUAUUAAGGUUUAAAUAAUGGAGAUAAGGUGAAGCAUUGAUAUCUUAUAUGUCGGAUGCUUUGUUGAAGCAUGUGUUAAAAUAAAGGCAGAACAUGUGUGUUCACCUGUUGUCUUUUU